UUCAUGACACAAUUGAAUUAAUAUAAUCAAAAUAGUGAUUAAUUAGUCUCAGAUAUAUCAUAGAAGAUUAAGCAACCUUUGAAUUGCACGAUUUCAAUGUUGGAAAUUACAAUUGUAUUUUAUUUCACUUCAACCUAGCACUCAGUUCCAUUUGAAAUCCAAGAGAAGUUUUUGAAUCCAGCACUUGCAGGUUGUAAAUUAUUGAUCAGUACAGCCAAUGAUAUUCUUGACUAUGUUACCAUACGAAAGAAAGGGAAGUUGGAACUAUGCCAAAUGGAUGUUCACAUAAGGUACCCAUUAGAGAUAAUGAUAAAUUAGGGAAUUCAUUACUGAUUCAAUAAAUAUUAUAAAAUCGUAGGCAUUAUUUAGAGGAUUGCAGAUCUAAGUAAAUGUUCGGCACAAUGUACCUGCUUUUUUUAGGACAGAUCCCAAUAGAUUAAGAUAGAUCCUGUUAAACUUAUUGGUAAGUUCGAUUCAGGCAACAAUAAAUGGAACUAUCACUGUAUCGGCCAGCAAAUCCACUUUGAUGUAGGAUCACAUUGAACUCUUGAUUAAAGUGAAUGCAUCAGAAAUUAAUUAAUCAGUGUUAAAAACAAUAGAUAAAACUGUGAGGUUUUUUAAAUCCCAAAAUUUAUUGGCGUCUACAAUGAUAGAUUUGGCAAAUGCAGGUCGAAAAUAUAGUCAAUCUAUAUUGAUAGCUUUUUGUUUGUCACUCAGUAUUUCCACAAUCCCUUUUGAGUAUCAUUACGAGAAGAACUUAGAUCAUGAAGAGUUUUGUUUCAAAAUUCAAAUUUAAAACAAAAAUCCAAAUUUCUCAUAACAACUGAAUUUCAAAAGAUAAUCUGCUCUCAGCUUUCAACAGCAAAGCUUUAAGUAGUCCUUCUCAAUUGAUCAAGGAUUCCGAAGACAUUAAUCAUCCAGAUAAAGUCUAUUUGAUAAAGCAAGCAUAACAAUUCAAGGAUAAUUGGAGAAGUAGAAAAUUAAGUAAUAGUCACAACAAUAGUCAUAAUAAAAAAUAUAAUCGCAAUCUUAAGUUUUAGCCACUUAAUCCUAAAGGAAAGAUUCAGCAAUUAAAUUAUCCACGUCUUUUGGAUAAUAAAACCAAUCUCGUUUCAUAGUACCUAGAACAUCCCAAGGGGACAUCGACGUAGAGUUUUUGCCUACUUUUAAGACCAUAAAGUCUUAGGAUUAAAGUAAAAAGAUCAAAUAGAUAAUUUCACAUUCAAAAUCUGAUAUUUCUAUAGUUUCAGAAUAAGAUUCGAAGGAAUCCAAAGGAGAAAAUGAAAGUUCUCAUAACAGUUUAGACGUUGGAGUGCAAUUAGAUCAAUUCCUAUACAAAUAGACAAAUGAGACUGGAAAGUUGAAUGAAAAUGAUUCUCCCUUGGUGGUUAUGCAGUAAUCGAUAGCCUAUACUUACAAUAAUAACAUUACGCCUAGCAGAAGAGACUCAAUCCUAACCUUUGGGGGAAGAUCAAGUAUGUUCUCGUCCAUGAGGUAUUCAGCUAGUAUCAUGCAGCCUAAUGAUUUAAUUGAUUGUUUUGAGAAAAUGGAAAGAAUUAAACAACAGAAGUAUACUUAAAAAUGUUAAGUAAGCAUUAUCGUGUUAUAUUUUAAAGUGUCCACGGAUUUUGAUUUGUGAAUAGAAUGAUUUCGACUUGUAUGCUGUAUCUCAUUAACUUGGCAACAUUGGCAUGAAUUACGAUUACACCAUGUAGAGAACAUAAAUACAUGAGAAGUUGAAAACAGCCUAUGAGGUUGAGAAGUCUUGUUGCAAGGGAUACUAAUUGAUAUUUAUUAGUGUGGAGUUUGUGGAUGAGGAAUUGGGGGAACAGUGCAACUUGAUUAAAAAUAUAAACUCUCAAUUUAAGAAGGAAGCGCGUAUUAUAGGGUUGAUAGGGUUUCAGGAUGACGACAAUAGGAAUGCUAUUAAGAAACUGCCAUUUCACGAUUUCCUAUCGAAACCAUUGAUGAUAGAUGCCUUAUUGUUUAUACUAGCAAAGUGGGUGAAAUUGUGA